AUGUCAUUCUUCAACACAACGCCCUCUAGCGGCGCAUCCAGUGGAAGUCUGUUCGGAACAGCAGGCAAUGCGUUUGGCGCCAACAAGGAUAACAAUGCAUCUGGCGGUGGUGUCUUCGGAAAUGUUGGAGCUUCGUCUGGCGGCAGCAGCGCAACACCAUCUUUGUUUGGAGGAAAUGCCGCUGGUCAAAACACUCCUAGCUUCGGAAAUACAGGCACUGCCAAUGCGACCACCGGUGGCAGCUCAGGCUUCAGCUUCGGCGGCCAGGCCAAAACCGGAGCUCCUACAGGGAACUCAUUGUUCGGUGGUGCCGGCAGCCAAACACCUAACAAGCCCGCGGAAUCGACUACACCUGGCCAACCUGCUAACAAUGGACUAUUCGGUGGUGCCGGUGCCCCCAAAGCUGGAGGCAGUAUGUUCGGUUCGACAGCUACACCUGCUCCAGCGGGAGGGUCUUUGUUUGGCAAUAACUCAACCACCCCUGCUGGUCCUCCACCAGGAUUGAACCCUCCCAACAGCCUUUUCGCCGCCGCAAAGCCCGCUUCAGCCACCCCUUCUACCGCAGCGACAUCUACCACGCCCACUACCUCACAGCCAUCUAACAACCUUUUCGGUGGAGCUGCAUCCAAGCCGUCUUUUGGUGGAGCUGCACCUACUCCAGCUGCACCAGCCGGUGGUCUGUUUAGUGCAAAUAAACCGGCGGAGACCACCACUCCUGCAGCCACGGCUGAUACCGGUGCUAAGCCACUGUUCGGCGCCGCUCCCGGCGGCCAGACACCUUCUCUCUUCAACAAGGCGCCAGCUCCUGGCGGCGACGCCGCUUCGAAGCCUGCAUUCCCAGCCUUUGGUGGUGCUACUUCUGCCACACCUAGCACAACUCCUUCCCUUGGAGCCCCGGCCACGUCAAGUGCCACACCUCAAAAGCCUAUGUUCUCCAUCGGAGGCGCCACUUCCACAGCUGCUCCCUCGACUACCCCAGCGGCGGCUCCUUCUGGAGGUCUAUUCGGAGGCGCUGGUAGCUCUGCGCCCUCCACAACCGCGGGGACAGCGGCCACUACCGCUCCCACUACUACAUCAGCCGCUCCUGCGGGUGGCCUUUUCGGCCAAGGUGCAGCUGCUACACCUUCAACUAAACCUGCGACCACUUCUGCAGCGCCACUUGGGGGUCUUGGGGCUCAAACUACUGCCGCUCCGGCCCCUGCCACAGCUGCGCCUGCUGCUGGCGCCGCUCCAAGUGGUCCUUCUGCGCUUGGUCAAUCUACCACUGGUCCUGCUCCCCCCGCUCAGUCACGCUUGAAAAACAAGACCAUGGAUGAGAUCAUCACUCGAUGGGCCACAGAUCUUGGCAAAUAUCAGAAGGACUUCCGUGAACAGGCGGAGAAGGUUUCCGAAUGGGAUCGUCUGCUCGUGGAUAAUGGAACCAAGGUCCAGAAGCUGUAUGGUAGCACCGUUGAUGCAGACCGCGCGACCCAGGAGGUUGAGCGCCAGUUGUCAGCAGUUGAGGGCCAACAGGACGAGCUAAGCUCAUGGCUGGACCGAUACGAGCGUGAAGUCGAUGAGAUGGUCACCAAGCAGGUUGGCCCAGGAGAGUCCCUCCAAGGACCUGACCAGGAGCGCGAGGCAACCUACAAAUUGGCCGAGAAGCUCUCAGAGCGCUUGGACGAGAUGGGCAAGGACCUUACCAGCAUGAUCGAGGAGGUGAACAGUGCCUCAUCCACCUUGAGCAAGACCAACAAGGCAGACGAGCCGAUCUCCCAGAUCGUUCGCAUUCUCAACGCCCACCUGUCCCAACUGCAGGUCAUCGACCAAGGCACCUCUGAACUGCAGGGUAAGGUCGCUGCUGCCCAAAAAGCGGGCCAAUCGAUCUCUGCCCGUCUCGGAUACGGAUACAACAACACAGGUAUGGGCAAUGACAGCACCGCCGAUGAUUUCUACCGCUCCUUCAUGCAAGGGCGGUAA